AUGGAGGUGAUGUCAGACGCUACAGGAAGCUCUUUCACUGCCAGUUUACGGCGCCACAGCCACAGUGAGCUGGAGCACGGGGGGAGGGCCUCGCCGCCAAAAGACCAAAGUAUUUACUGCUGCAUCCAGGUCUGUUCUGUUUGUUCAGCGCUGAGAGGGCAGAGAAUGGACCGAGGAAGAGCAGAGGAAGAGGAGGUUAUUGUGACCAGAGUGAGACAGCAGAAAGUCUUCCUCACGGCGCUCAGAGUUCAGAGCUCAGUGUUUCUGUCUGGCCUCAUCUGA